CUGUUUAUGUUCCUACAAAUGACGUCACGUGGACAACGUCUGACAAACAGUUUCGAAUCCCUAACAACGGAGAAAGUGGAGAAACAACUCCCCGGCGCUCCUGUGACGACUGCCCCUCAGAUCGCCUCUGUCUCAGCUACUGCACCGGGUAGGGCCGCCGGAGAGAGUGGACGACCCGCGGGUUCACCUGUCCCGCUCGCGGCUGACGACUGAAGGAGAGAGCUAGCCGGGGCCGCUAAGUUGAGCUAGCGUCGCGUAGCUGGCUGGAAGCUAGCCAACUCACGAGUGAGCAGAAGAAGCUCAGCGGCAGUCCACAGCAAUCAACCGACUGCGCGUCCAGUCGAUAUGGAGAACAAAUACAACCUGAAGAGUCCCGCGGUGAAGAGGCUCAUGAAAGAGGCAGCCGAGCUGAGGGAUCCCACAGAGCACUACCACGCACAGCCACUGGAAGACAACCUCUUUGAAUGGCACUUCUCAGUGCGCGGGCCCCCGGAUUCCGAUUUCGACGGGGGCGUGUACCACGGCCGAAUCGUGCUCCCCCCAGAGUACCCCAUGAAGCCCCCCAGCAUCAUCCUCCUCACACCGAAUGGGAGAUUCGAAGUUGGGAAGAAGAUUUGUCUGAGCAUCUCUGGCCAUCAUCCAGAGACCUGGCAGCCCUCGUGGAGCAUCCGAACCGCCCUAAUAGCUAUAAUCGGAUUCAUGCCAACAAAAGGAGAGGGAGCGAUAGGAUCUCUUGAUUAUACCCCGGAGGAGAGGAGGGCCCUUGCCAAAAAGUCCCAGGACUUCUGCUGCGAGACGUGUGGCUGCUCCAUGCGCUCUGCCCUCCUGGCCCUGACCCCCAACAGCCACCCCAGCGCCGAGGACCACCAGGCCAAAGAACUGGCUCAGCAAAUCAACUUCAAGACAGAGUCCAGUUCAUCCAGACAGGCGAGUGAGAGUUGCGAAGGUGAAGCCACGGCGUCCACGUCCACGCUCACCCAGGGAGACGCCUCCACGUCCGCCGGCCAGGAAGCUGCUGACUGGCCCCAGGCUGAGCAGCAGCCAGAGGCGCCUGCAGCCACAGGAGUGGAGGCAUCACAGCCCCACGCGGCCCCCGGCACCGGACGUCCGCUCAGCCCCCGCCAGCGUCGCACACAGCAGCAGGACCAACAGGCUCGGAGAGACAGCAGAGAGCCAGCCAGCAGGCCGGGGGGGGCGUUCGCCGCGGCUGCCCGCCAGCCUCAGGAGGAGAGCCACGCGGGCUCGGCCGUCCUCAUCGUGGUGCUCACCUUGGCCCUGGCUGCGCUCAUCUUUCGCAGGAUCUACCUGGCUCAAGAGUACAAGUUUGACUACGAGCUGUGACCACGCACGCACGCACGCACACACACACGCACACACACACACACACAGACACACACACACACAAAGGCCACAACCACCACUCCUCCUCACCCCCGGGUCAGCCCUUCCUGCCGCCACCCUGACUGAACUACAACCAGCUGCACUGGAAGCCGGGCCGAGGGCAGUGGCCAACACACCCUCUGUGGUGUCCGAGCGGAGGGUUCCAGGAACUCUGCUUCCUGUAGGGGGAGGCGCUCCACUCACCACAGCACCUCCAGGGUGUCUUUUAAUCAAUGUGAAUUUUACUCUCCAGAGUAUCAUGCUUUUUUUUCUUCUUUUUUUUUUAAAGAAUGGGAAGUUUUGUUGCUUGUGAUAAGCCCCCCCCCCCCCCCCUUUCUGUGUAAUUGUCUGCUGCUUAUUAUCUUUAUUUAAUUAAAAUGACAGUAUAACAGGAUUUUCUGGUGAAGGGGCGUGACAUUUCCUACAUGUUUUGAAAUCGAUUGAUCAAUCAAAACAGACUGAGCCAGCAAGCAGAAUGGGUUUUAUCUGGAGGCGGGGCGAAAAGAAAUCCAGGCGUUUUAGACAGUGUGAAAAGAGGAGCUGCAGGAAUGGGCAGUAUAAGAACACUGAUGCCUUUUCUGAACAUCAGAGCAUGUAAACCUUUUCAAGUUGUCGGCCCAAUUAAAAAUAUGAACCUGAAUAUGAGCAUGAUAUGUCACCUUUAAUUCUCCUGCACCGUAACUCACAUUGUAAAUGGUCACAUCACGUUGUAGUCGAUGUGAUUUCAAGAACAAAGCAUAGAAUCCCACUGUAGUAUGUUGGAAAGGAGGAAAGGAGGCAGUGAUCGGUGAGGCCUGGUGAUCUGAUGUGGGACCCUGGUGUUUGUGUUUGUGCGCGCGCGCGUGUGUGUGCGGCUGCACGUCUCCGAUCAGAGGCCGCAGACUUAUGGACGCACACUGUGUCCUGCUGCCUUCAGACCUCUGCAAGGGACUCGAUGAACCGGGUGAGAAGUUGUUUUUUUUCCCCCCCUGUACAGCCUGAAGCAGCUGUAGAUAACGUAUACUGUUAGAAAUCCACGGGAGUCACUUACGGAUCAUUGCAGGCUGAGCACAUUAUUCCAUAAUCUGUGACCAUUUGCAGUGUGCGACUGCAGGGCUGCAGGGCGUGGACAUCACCACGCUCUCCACGGACGGUUGUCAGCAGAAUGAGGCAACUGUUCCAGAAUAGGGCAGCUGAAAUAUCGCCAUGGCAACGUGUACUGAUGAGAUCACUGCAGGGGAUUAUUUGCAUCGGUAAACCGGCCGGGUUCAGUUCAGGUUCGACUCAGCCCGGCUCUGCUUCCACACCUGGAACGGUCGACAUCUGUUUUUUUGUUUGAAUCAGGGAGUCUUUUUUUUUCUUCUUUCUGCGUGUAUCUCAGAAAUCCCCCCCCCCCCCCCCCCCCCAUGCGUUAAUCUCAUUUGACUGACACUCUCUGAAGCUGUAUGCAAACACAGCUCCCCGCCUCCCCCUCCCUCUCGUACAAACAGACCCGAACACCGUCUCACAUUUACCCUCUUUGAUAAACUUUGAGUAGGGGUUUAUCUCUCUGAUGAGACCCUGGGAGGCAAUUUGAAUUCCUUCUGUUGGAUGUUUUUUUUUCUUCUUCUUAAUAUGUACAGCAGCAUCUCAGCGUACCAAUAGCCACAUGGAGGUUGGAUGGAACGACGUUAUGUUGGUCGUUUUUUUUCUUCCUCUUCUUUCAGCAACAUCUUACACCUGUUUGUUUGUGUCCAGGUUUUUACUUGAAGGCGGCACAAGAUUCUCUGUGAAUAUCCAUUGACUAUUCACAGAACCUCUCCAUAUCUUCCUCUUCAGUUCGGCUGGUUUACUGGCAUAUAAACGGAAAAUAAAUGACUUGAAUGAGACAA